GUUUUCUGUUUUUGUUGGUGAUUUGUGGUGCAUUCGUCUCUGAUUAUUUUUUCGGUUUUUUCGAUACAUGCAUGAUUAUUAUUUAACAGUGUCAAAUUAAUUUUUUAUUAGUAUGUAUUCAUUGAGUCAGUGGCGAAUGUGAUUUCCCAAUUGCCGUAAUUUGUAUCGGUGAUUCUAAACGGUCACGAUGGCUGAUCCGUUGAGCCUUCUCCGUCAGUACAACGUCAAUAAGAAAGAAAUCGUGGAGAAAAAUGGACAAAUCGUAUUCGGAGAGUUUUCAUGGUCGAAAAAUGUACAAACCAACUUCCUUAUGUAUGGUUCUGGCAAGGAUGGAAGUCCGAAGGAAUACUACACGUUAGAAUGUCUGCUAUUUUUCCUGAAAAAUAUAUCAUUAUCACAUCCUGUAUACGUUCGACAAGCAGCUACCGAAAAUAUACCCGUAGUACAUCGUCCCGAUCGUCGUGAUUUGCUUGCUUAUCUAAAUGGCGAAACUGCAACGUGUCCUAAUAUCGAUAAAAGUGCUCCUUUGGAAAUACCAACCCAAGUCAAACGUUCCGGUACUGAUGAUUCGCAAGAAGUGGUCGCUAAGAAACCUCGUAUCGAGGAUACUCUCGAAGUGCAAAGGGUCAAAGAGCAACUUGCUGCCAGAUUAGAUGCUCCGAAAGAAUCUGCUGUCAAUAUCGAUAAUAUCAAAUCUUUAUCGGAAGCUAUGUCUGUUGAGAAGAUCGCUGCUAUUAAAGCUAAACGAUUGGCCAAAAAGAGAACCACUAUUAAAGGGCACGAUGAUUAUGCGGUUGGAGCUCCCGAGCUUAAACAGAUGCUUGAUUUCGACGUCGAUAUUACUAAAGAAAUUAUCAAAAGAGAGAGACAAUGGAGGACUAGAACUACUAUUCUGCAAAGUACCGGAAAGGUAUUUGGUAAAAAUAUUUUCGCUAUUUUGAGUUCGAUAAAAGCUCGAGAAGAGGGUAAAUUGAAGAAUCCUGUUGUAAAUGCUACGCCAAUCACGCACGCUAAACCGUCUGGAUCUGGACCUAAUUACAAUCGUUACGAUCAAGAAAGAUUUGCUAAAGAUAAAAACAAUACCGAAGGCUUUAGGAUCAAUACCAUGGGUUCGUAUCACGGUAUGACUUUAAAAUCAGUGACUGAAGGAAACCAACCAAAAAAACCAGUGGCCGCUGUUCAACCGAUGCCAACACCUCAGGCUCCUCUCGCAUCACCUGGUCGAAUGUCAGUUACAACGCAAAAUCAGAAACGUAUUUCUCGAACUCCUAUUAUUAUUAUACCAGCUGCUGCAUCAUCGCUAAUUACCACGUUCAACGCUCGAGAUAUAUUGCAAGAUUUAAAAUACGUCACAACGGAAGAAAAAAGAAGCGCGGGCGCUAAAAAAGAAUCGGAAAUUCUAUUACAAAGACGUAAAGAAGCUUCGGUCACCGUACCUUAUCGAGUAGUAGAAUGUCCUCAGAAAUUGAAUAACGCCGAAUGGGAACGAGUAGUGGCGGUAUUCGUGGCCGGACCAGCGUGGCAGUUCAAAGGAUGGCCUUGGGAUGGAAAUCCCGUCGAGAUAUUUACCAAAGUUUGCGCUUUUCAUUUAAAAUACGACGAAAUGAAAUUAGACGUGAAUGUGGGCAAAUGGGCUGUGCACGUUAUCGAAUUAUCGCGUUCGAAAAGACAUCUCGAUCGAGCUGCACUGAUGACAUUUUGGGAGAAAUUAGACAAGCAUAUUUUGAAAAACAAACCUCAUUUGAGAUACUAAGUCGUAUCGUACUAGGUUACGACUUUAAAAACUCGGAGAUAUCUACGUCAUAGCAUAGUGUUGAGGAAUCAUCCGAGUCGUCAGUAGUAUUAACGCACCGAAUUAUUUAUUGGUAACUAAUAUCCGAGUGUGUCUUGAUAAAAUAUUCGUAUUCUUCAUUUCGUGAUAUUUUUUUUUAAAUAUACCAUUUUUUAAAGUAAUCUAUUAAAAUGUCGAAUGGUUAUCGUAGUAGUGAAUUAAGACGUGUGCGAGCGCAUUAAUCCGCAAUUCGGUUCUGCGAACCCGUCGUUUUAUUAGGAAAUUUUAAUCGAAGAAAAUGCGCGAGGAAAAUGCCAAUUCGAGAUUUGUGAUGAUGGUUUUUGAAGAAGAGCGAUUUUUACACGCAGUUUGGUGAUCGUAUUUUUAUUUUCAUUUACGUAGGUACAUCUGAAUGGAAUUGUUUUGUUAUUCGAAAUAUAUGCAACAUAUAGGUAUUUUGUGUUUAAAUCGUGAUUCGUGAUGCAUUUUUAAUGAGUAAAACUGCGAAUUGUAAUUUAUUCUUAGUAAAGAUAUUUAAUCAUUAUGGUGAUCGAAUGCUGUAAUACAUAUUUUAGUCAUUUCGUAUGUAUAUUAGAAAACCACAUUAUUUCGUAUAAUUUUUAUCGCUCGUGUAAAAUAAAAUGUUCGCGAAUGUUA